CUUGUUUAUUUACAUCGAUCUCCCACCAUUCGGGUAUACCCCGUCGCAUCGGGCGAUAGAAAAGUUGUAAAAACGAAAACAUUCUUUAACACUUUCACAUCACAGCGAGAGCGCCCCGCGGACAGAGGACGGCACCUCCGAUACACAGCACCUCCCGUCAACAUGCAAAUACCGUGUCGAUUUCCCCGCAACUAGUCGUCCGUGGCCGUGUGUGUGUGUGACUGAGGCAAACGCUCUCUUCAUUUUUUGCUAACGUUAAAGUUAGCCCCAUCCCCAACCCCACUCCUGCACCACGUCAGCGCGGGCAACGAGUGUGCGAGGCGUCCGCGAUACCGUGGGGAACCGGAACCGCGGAACCGGCGACAGCAGCCUAAAUGAUGGAAGAAAAGCUCAAGUAUUCCUUUCUGCGCGAUCUGAACGAUGGCCAAAGUAUAUGGACGAGAAAUGAGAAGCGUACCUGGUUCCUGACUCUCCUGACCGGCACCUGCAUGCUGUACUCGACCCGCACCACCAUGCCGCUGCUCGUGCCGGCCGUCGCAGCGGAGCGCAAGUGGAGCAAAACCGACUCCGGCACGGUGCUGAGCUCGUUCUUCUGGGGCUACACGCUGACCCAGGUGCUCGGCGGCUACCUGAGCGACAAGUUCGGCGGCCAGAAGGUGAUACUGCUGGCGGCGAUCGGUUGGUCGCUGAUCACCUUCUGGAUGCCGAACAUUAUCACCUCGUCGACGCUGUUUGCCUCCUACUCGAUCCCGUUCAUCGUGACCGUGCGGAUCAUCAACGGUGCCUGCCAGGGCGUCCACUUUCCGAGCAUGAUCAGCAUCACCAGCCAGAACUUGAGCGCGUGUGAGCGGGCCAGCUUUUUCAGCAUACUCACGUCCGGGUCGGCGCUCGGGACGCUGCUGACCGGGAUCGUGGGUUCGUUUUUGCUCGACUACUUCGGCUGGCCGACGGCGUUCCGGGUGAUUGGGUUUUUGGGCCUCUCGUGGACGCUCUUCCUGCGCUACUACACGAUGGCAUCGGACCGGAGCAGGAUUAUUAACAUUUCGAUGCCGAGCCGGAUGUACACGAAGCUCGGCACGCCGGACGCCGUACCGUGGUUGCGGCUGUUCGAGCGCAGCAGCUUCUGGGCGUGCGUGCUGGCGCACGCCUGCGAGAUGAACUGUUUCUUCGUGCUGCUGUCGUGGCUGCCGACGUACUUUCACGAGAAUUUCCCCCACGCUAAGGUAAGCGAAUGCGAACGGAGCCUUGGUUUUUUUGUGUGCUUAACGACCUUCUUUACCCUUUUUUUGCGACAGGGUUGGGUGGUCAACAUGAUCCCCUGGCUAGCGCUUCCCCCGGUCACGUUCAUCGGCAAGCUGCUCACCGAGCAUCUGCUCGCGAAACAGUGGUCCCUGACGCGCAUCCGCAAACUAGUCCAGAGCUUAUGCUUCUUGGGGCAGAACUGUGCCCUGUUUCUAAUGUGCCGCACGCAGGACUUCAACAUGGCACUUACCUGCAUGUCAAUUAUUAUCGGUAAGUCAGUCCCGUAUCCGUUUCGUUUUGCACUCAAUAUUUACACAUAUCCUCUUCCCCGGGUUCGGGUAGGCCUCUCGGGAUUGCACAACAAUGCAGUGACGGUGAACCCGCAGGAUCUGGCCCCGAGCCACUCGGGCAGCGUGUUCGGGCUGAUGAACACGGUCGGUGCAAUACCGGGCUUUCUCGGCGUCUACCUGGCCGGCCACAUACUGGAACUAACGCAAUCAUGGUCGGCCGUGUUCAGUACGGCCGCCGCCAUCAACACGUUCGGGUGGCUUAUCUUUACCGUGUUCGGGUCGGCAGAAACGAUCGUUUAAGUUUCAGUUUUUAAUCCCCCACACACCCAAGAUGGUGCGCGUGUGUAUGUGUGUGUGUUUGGGUAAGCAAACCGGGUAGCCAAAAACCAAAUCUAGAUUAAUGAUGAAGGAAGGAGGAAAGGCGAAACACGCGAAAACAAAGCCCCCAAUACUACUUUCCGCAUACUCUAAACACUAGAUGUACAAACGGUCUUAUUCCCUUCUAGCUCGUUUUUAACACUCAACCACCUUCCCCCCUUAUCCCCUUCCCCUUAUUUUCAAAAAACUGUAUCCAACCAGGCCUGUCGAACGAUAUUACUACCGAUUGGACUGGAGCAAAACACAAACACAAUCUUUUCAUUCCCUGUGUAACUCCUCGCAAGAGACUGUGCGGAUGAUGGGAGUGAAAGCUGACCAGAAGCCCGAGGUAGCUAACGAAUGCUGUGGACGAAGUUACUGUUAGAUACUGUCAAAGAGAGAGAUAGAGAGAUAGAGAGAGAGAAAAAAAAUACACAAAAUAUAUAAAAAAAAGCUAGAGAAAAAAUAAAUAAAUUCAAAAUCAUCGAUGUAACAA